GAUGGAUCCUCCACAUUGCUGGAGUUUGUCACCGGAGGAAGAGAAGCGGCACCGGGACACCGAUCCUCAAACCGGCGGCUUCACACUCCGGUGACGUGAGGAGCGGCAGCACUCACACACACACAAACACACACACACACACACACACGCACACACACGAUCAUACACACUCUCUCACGGGGAGAAGAAGGAACCGCUUGGGUUCCAUGAGCUGAAUCUGAUCAGUCCUCCUCACACACACGGAACCAUGAUGGAGUCUAUCCUGGACAGUCUGGCCGCAGAGAGACUCUACCCCACCGGUGGAGCCAACCUGUUGGACCUGGAGGAGCUGAGCGACGGAGACUUCCUCACUAAUGUGCCUUUCUCAGGUGACCAGAUGGACGACUUCAGCAGCGAAUUAUUCAACAGUUUCUUUGACGACCAUAUAUUAGAGCGACCCCUGCUGGCAGACAGACCCUCACCUUUACACAUGGACAUCGACAGCAGCCCAGAUAUCCAAGCGGAGCACAGCUACUCCUUGAGUGAAGACUCCGCCCCCCAGAGCCCAGCCCUGUCAAUCAAAAUGGACCAAGAGUCUGAGUUUGAAUGGAGCUUCAGUCAGGACCUCUCCGCCAUCUUGGUGAAACAGGAGGAACCUGAUGUGGGUCAAAGGUUAGAUCCUCCGCCUCUGGAAGGCCCACCUCUCAUAUUAAGCCCUGCACCCCCGCACCGAGGAUCGGCCUGGAAACACACGGAGCACAGUCAAGACGACAUGAAGCCAGUGGCUAUAAAAGAUGAACCCAGAGAGGUCGGCCAGUGUCUCAGUCUGCCCAGCGACGAUGCUCUCCAGCUCCCCCCCACCCCUCCCAGCAGCAACCACGGGGACAGCGACGGCUCCCUCCCUCCGUCCUCCCCGCUCCUCCCUCUGCCACCGUCUUCCCCUCAACCACAGCAGAGGCCAGGAGGUCGCGCCUCUUCUUCCUCCUCCUCCUCCUCCUCCUCCUCUUCCUCAGCCAUCUCCUCCUCACCUCUCCUCACUGCACCACAUAAGCUUCAGGGCUCAGGACCCCUCAUGCUGACAGAAGAAGAGAAGAGGACCCUGGUGGCUGAGGGUUACCCGGUACCCAACAAACUCCCCCUCACCAAGAGUGAAGAGAAGGCACUGAAGAGAGUCAGACGGAAGAUUAAAAAUAAGAUCUCAGCUCAGGAGAGUCGGAGGAAGAAGAAAGAGUAUGUGGAAUGUCUGGAGAAAAAGGUGGACAGCUACACGUCAGAAAACGGUGACUUGUGGAGAAAAGUAGAAAAUCUGGAGACUGCCAACAGGUCUCUCCUACAGCAGCUCCAGAAGCUUCAGUCACUGAUUUCAGGGAAAGUCCUUCCCCGUUCUAAAAUGGCCUCCACUCAAACAGGGACAUGCCUCAUGAUGGUGGCCGUGUGUUUCGUCCUGGUGUUGGGCACCUUCUCCCCUUGUCUCUCCCCCCUCUCCUUCCUCAGUCACACCUCUUCCUCUUCCUCUCCCUCCUCUCAAUCACCCCCUCUUCCGUCAGCGGACCUCUACACCACUAGUCAGGUCCGCUCCCGCAGCCUCCUCUUCUACAAUGAAGGGGCCCCAUUGGAGGAGAGUUUAGUGACAUCAGAAGGGGAGAGGCUACAGUCAGAGGCUCGCUCCCACAUCCAGACGAGCCGUUACACUGCUGACGCCCACAGAAACCACACAACUGGGCCCGAGUUAGACCGGAGGGAAACAAAACCAGACGAAGCCUCGAAGUUAUUCUGACAGACUGCAUGACCCCUCCUCCCAUGACCUCUCACCUCUGACCCCGAAACCUCCACAUCCCUGGACUCACCCAGGUUCCACAUCAACGUCCGUGGCACGUUACUCUGUCCAUCUUCAACCGUCAUCCUCUUCGUGAGUGACUCAGACACUGCACUCCUCUCAUCCUGAAGUCAUGCUUCACCUCAACAGUUUGCUACACCUGAAGAUACUUGAUUUUAAAGGGACCUUAUCAUUGAAAUUUCCAUUUUUACGCAUAAAGAGAUGGUGAAACGUUUACAUACCCCAAAUAAUCCAUGUGAAUUUAUAUAUUAGAGAUGCUUUAAAACACUGUGUUAAUUCAAGAGCCUCUGGACAGUUUACAGUAACUUACUGAUACAAUUUGUACCAUAACAAACAAAAAAUUACUUAAGACGACUUAUAGCUGAUUAAUCAAUUAUCAAAAUUGUUAUUGACCAGUUUUUCUGCUAUCAUCUAAUUUAAUAAUCACGUCAGCUCUUUUAUUUUGGACCAGUACAUUUGAAAGCAACUUGAGUCCCUCCCAACAUUUUACCAAAGCAUACAUGCCAGUGUGUUAAAAAAACAAACACAUCCUGUGCCAUUGUUUAAAAGUGCCUUGAACAUGUGACUUACUCAGCCUUAUACUGUAUCUAAUGGCCACACAUGCAAUUAUAAACCUGGAAACUUAACUUUAGCUACGUUACACAUUUUGUGUGGUCUUUGGGGCUUAUCCCCUGUGGUUCUUGUUCUAGUGUUCAGGAUUUUAACAUUUAAAUUAAGUGCCUGUGCAAGUAUUUGGGGGAAUAGUAGCAAAACCUUUAUGUUUAACCGGAGCCAGCUUUGGUGUGAAAAGCAUAAAUGGACAGUUUUGUAAUGUGUUUUUAGGUUGUUACAAAUUAACAUCUGAUGUGUUUUAUUUAAAAUCAAAUCUCUGCAGUUAGAACUUGUUUUUCACUUCCACAUUCUUACCACAACAUUAUUACUUUUUGGGCUGGAAACCGUGUUUUCAUUCCAACAGAGUAUUGAAGGGGUCCGACAGAGGCUGGGGAAACAUGACAUAAAAUUAUUUUUAUGGAAUUAAAAAUAUUGUAUAUGUAAUAUAUUUGCAGCAUCAGAAAAAGAGCAUAUUUAUUUUAUGCAACAAAAAAAGAAAUAUUGAACUUGUUUUAGUUUACCCUAUUGUAUAAUUUUUUUUUUAAAUAAUGUUUACAAAAAAAACACAAAAAUACAACUUAUAAUAUAUUCUGAGCAUCAAAAAAGGGCAUAUUUAUUUUAUGCAAAAAAAAAGUAAUUGUCUGUGUUCUGGCAUUUAGGAUGAUGUGAAGUUUUAUAAGAUGUGUUGUUUACAUGGUGUUUCAUGAAUUGUAAAAAUUUGACAUGAUAUGUUUGUGUCUUUAACUGUAAUACAGUGUUUGUUUCACUGCUGUCGCAUGAAAUCCUCUGUUGUGAUCAAAAAUGGGUUUUGCUUUCAGUGAUUCUUCAAAAUGAUUCUAUUUUUAUCUUUUGACUUAAGCUAUUGACCCAAACAUCCAAAGAAAUUGAUAGAAAACCAACUUCAGAUAUUGACAAUCAUGUUCAACAUUAUUCUUGUAAUUCUUUAAAUGCAUCCUGUAACCUCUUAACAGCAGAGGAAACCUCUUAAACAUCAAUACUAACUGUGCUUGUGCGACAGCAGUGCAUGUUGUAUUUAUUCCUGUUUGUAGAAAGUGUGUAUAUAUUGAUGAAGCCAAUCAGGGUACUAAAACAUUCUAGGAAGACAUCUGAGGGAACACCAGGACAUUUUAAAAACACUUUUAUUUCUUCACCACUAUUCUGAUAAUGUCAUGGUUUUCCAUCAGAUUAAGAUUGUUCCUCAUCCAAGUCCGUGGAGGAAAUAAUUCCAAAUUCUGAUGAAAAAAUCAUCCAGAAACAAAAAAAAAUUGUUCGUUUCGUUUUGUGUCCCUCGUGUGCCAAGUGUAAACAAAAGCAUCACGUGACUGCAGCCCGUCACUCCACCAUUGUCAUUCUCAACCUCUACAGUUUCAAUGCACCAGUGUACAUAAACAAUUGCAACCAAAUGUGCAGAUGUUGUAAAUAAAGGGCCUUGUUUUGUUUUUUUAUUGUAUUGUGACAAAGUCCAAGACUUAAACCUGUGGAAAGUGGGAAAAAAAUUACAAUCAGUGGAGUUUAAGGGGAUUAAAGUGGGGAGGGUUAAAAAAUGUAACCAGAAGGGGGAGUUUUUCAACUUGUAAAGAAACCUGGACGACACAGUAGCUCGACACAGUUUGAAUCAAACACCAGGAGCUGCAUGGUAAUUCCAACUUCUCUGUGAACAUCUGAACAAUGUCCAGAGAACAUAAUCCAGCACUUUCCAGAGGGUUCAGUUGUUUGAAAUGUGUUUGGAUAUAACGUUGUCCUGGUUUGUUGUAUAGUGCCUUGCAUGUUCCUCCAUAUAUAAAUAUGUUAUCUUAGUGUAGUCAGUAGAGUAGAAACCAGCAAAAUAUUAAAAAACUGCAUCAGCAA